GCUUGGCACUUCGUAAGCAGUGGUGAGGUAGAAAAUACUUUAUUUUUCAAAUGCACCAUCAUUCCACAGGGUACCGACGCAGCACUAAUAGCCACCAUCUCUUGGCCAGCCUUUGCUAUCCACAUGCCGAGCAUCGUUGAGGCGACGAUGGAGCGUGUGGAUGUGUUGAAGGGCACCUACGGCUACAAGCGCUUUACGCGAGAUGGCUACGCCACAGUACUGGAGACCAACACGCUCUAUUCACAGGGAGAGUUAAGCAAGUUCAGGGGCAUUGAGAGCGAGUGGCCCAUGUUCUUCGCCUAUCAGGUGAUUGGCAGCUUCUUCAACCAACAGCUAGAACGCGCGGAGCAAUUUGCCGAGCUAAUGGAGCCUUUGAUUGUACACCCGGUCUCGGAGAAGUAUCCAUGGCUACCUAAAUACUACUUUGUGCCCGAAGGCUCAGUGGAAGCAGAGCGAGAAAACCCGGGUUCGCAGGCGAGGAGAAGCAACUUCAAGUUGCAUAUGGAACCGCGGUUUUUAUGGGGGCAGGCAGUCUACAUCAUCUCACAGAUGCUCUUAAAAAAGGUUUUGACCAUUCACGAUUUGGAUCCCCUCGGGCGGCACAGUCCUGCCAAUACCCGACCUAUGUCCCUUCUUUCACGCUACUCAACCAUUACAAGUCGUCCGGCCACGAUGUGCAUUCAAAUGAUCCUUAUCGCAGAGUCUAAUCGACUUCAGCAAAUUCUGGCCACUUAUGGCAUUCGAACUCAAACUCCUGUUGAAAUUGAACCUCUGAAGCUGUGGCCUCCGGCGACAAUUGUGAAAGCAUUCGCCUUUAUGGGUUUCAAUAAACGCCUUGGCCUCAAAGGUCGUCCACCUCGACCUCUGGGCUGUUUGGGAACGAGCAAGUUCUACCGUAUCUGUGGCUCCACGGUUCUGGUGUUUUCACAUCUUUUUGAGGACGAUAGGUUCUACUUCAGCUACGAUAUUAAGGCCCUUAUUGAGGAAGUUAAGAACGACCUUAUCUUCUUGUCAAAGUGGUGGCGCAUGAAAGGACGGCCCAGCUACUGCUUCUUAGUGAAAGAGGAUAUGAUUAUCGGCCACGGUCGUGAUGAAUUGAUUCGCUUCCUUGUCAGCCUGCAAGGUAACAGUAUGGAUGGAGUACGAAUCGUUCUCGGUAGAGCUCAGAACUUUGUCGCAACAGGUUGCAUCGACCAUCUUGAUUUCUUUCCGGAUUGGGCGGCCCAGUUGGAGGAAUUCAGCGGACUGAAACGGCUCCAUGGGGGACGUUCCUUCCUUUCACUUUCGGACCUGCCUCGGAUAUUAGAUGAUAAGGACUUUGACAGUCUCAUGCCCGCGCCUCUUGCGGUAGCCAUCACGGAAGCCGUUAGCCGAAGUCACUUUGGGGACAAACCAGAUAGCGAAAUAGUUGCUUUCGUUUGUCACGACGGCGAUCGCCGCGACCUAUGGCCCUAUCGACCCCCGAUGGAGGGUGUCGAGGCCGUGUUUGAGUCAGCGGUGUCAGUGCGCGCUAUAGACUACGCACAGGAAGUGGCAGCGCUGCACGAAUUAAUGCAUCGUCACGGUCUCGAUUAUGUCCUCCGACCCAACGAAGAGCUCUCCACUGUACGCGAUUUCUUUACCAACUUAAGUCGACGCGCGGGGCUCAAUCAGAUAUGGCAAGUCUCCUUCCUAUCUACACUAAUCGCUGCUGGAGGCGAUGCAGAUCCAGAUCGUCUUCUGCAUCUAAAAUUCAAUCUGACGGUAGUUCGUCUAACAUCCGCACUGUUGGGUAAUUACGUCCACAGCCUGGCUCCGUCAACAUCUUCCAUUCUUGUGUUCGGCAAGCAACUAACUAUUGGAACGGUGCAGGGCCCUGAGGUCAAUCUUAACAAGCCCAUGAACCCCCGCCAACUCUGUGACCUCCUUCAGGACACUGUCUUCCCUGUUAAUCCGCUCCAGGUCUCCCUCCAGCAGGAACUCAUUCUCUAUGUCUCUGCCCUACUCAUUAAGGACAAGUCGCUGUUUAAAGACAUAGCCAUAAUUCGACUGGGUUGGUUCCUGGAGGCCAUGAAACUUCAACUUGAGGCGGAAGAGGCGCGGUCAGAGGCCAAGCACGGCGACAGUGAUGUGAAUAGUAGAGAUGCGGGAAUCAGAGACCUGGGAAAGCCUGGUGACACCGCUGAAACUUUGGUUAAAGCUCGCAGUCUUGGUGCCUGUCAUUUGUAUUCGCUUUCUCCCUCGAGCCUCAAGAGUCUUCUAUAUCGCACUCUAUGCUCUGACUCCGUGGAGCAUAUCCACAACUCUCAAAAGUCUUGGCGGUGCAAUACCUCACCCUCACGAGGAGGCAGUAACGAAUUCCAAACAAUAAAACCAAUUGUUCUAGAGUCACCGGCACUAUCAGAUGAAAACAAGUCUCCAGAGGAAGUGCUUUAUCAACGCCAAUUGGAUGGAUGCCUGGGACGCGUACCAAACACUUUCUAUGAAUCGGUCUACCACAUUCUUGAGAGAUCACCUUGUGGUGUUCUCAUAGCGUCUAAUCUACUGCCCCAGAAUCCUACAUUGACGGACAUGACUCCACACGAUCUGAAUUUGGUGGUCGAGGUGGAGCGUAUGCUGAGCGACAUCAAGGAUCCCGCUUAUCGUGCGCUCUUUGUCGAGACAGUAAUGGUGAUUGCCGUCAUCCUGGAGCGCAAUCAAGAGCUCUCCUUCACCGAAGUGGUCGACUUCCGGCUGGUCAUUCAAAACGCCAUCAAAGACUUUGCCAUCGUCAACCACAUCAGCUCUAAUGAGGAAUCUCGAGAAAAUCGACUGCCAACGCCAACUCGACGCUCAAAACGACGUCCUUCAUGGCCAGAGAACGUGGCGGUGGCUGAAAACUGGGAGGCCUAUGCCCGUUUUGCUUCCACACCUGCCAACAUUCGUUUGGGAACUACUUCUUUCCUCGCGAAAGCUUCUAUAGCUCUUCUUCUUCAUGGAACCAUCAAUCUAAGUGAUGUCAACAAAGAAGCUUGCUGUCUUUCUUAA